AUGACAAAUACCCAGCAGUCUCCCUACGCAAACGAUGAAUAUACCGUGGGAUGGAUCUGCGCUUUGCCGCCCGAGUUUGCAGCGGCCAAGGGAAUGUUGGACGAGGAGCACGGAGAACCACAGACUCUACAAGCCAGUGCCGAUGACAAUCCAUACUUCUUGGGGUCGAUAGGCAAGUUCAAGGUUGUGAUAGCUUGUCUACCCCUGCACCAGAUUGGCCCUGCAUCUGCGGCAUCUGCCGCGAAAGAAAUGCUCUUCACCUUCCCUAAGAUCCGUGUCGGGCUGCUUGUUGGUAUCGGUGCGGGCAUCCCGGAUGACGACGAUGAUGAUCCAGAAAUUCAUCUUGGCGACAUCGUUAUUAGCAGCAGCCCUAAAAGUGGAGGGGUUGUUGUUUAUGAUUUUGGGAAACAGCUCUCUGACGGGUCUUUCGAGAGUCUUUCCGUGUUGAAUCGCCCGCCGAGAUCUCUAGCCUCUGGUCUUACAAAACUCCAAGCUGAGCAUGACAUGAAUGGCAACAAGGUAGUACACUAUAUCGAACAAAUGCUGGAUAAAUACCCUAAUAUGCGGAACAACGGGUACACUUAUCCUGGCCGGUCGCUUGAUCGACUAUUUCAACCCAACUAUCCGCACAUUGGUGGCAGGACCUGCAAGAAAUGUGAAGAGUCCGGGCAGGUUGACCGAGACGAACGCCAGGAUGAUGCACCAAGAAUUCAUUACGGCACUAUAGCGUCUGGAAGCAUGGUGGUUAAAGAUCCAGUCAAACGCGAUAAGAUCAGAGAAAAACAUGGAGCAAUUUGCCUAGAGAUGGAAGCAGCAGGCUUGAUGAAUAUCUUUCCCUGUAUUGUGAUACGUGGGAUCUCAGACUAUGCGGAUUCCCAUAAGAACGAUGGCUGGCAAAAGUAUGCCGCCGCAGCCGCCGCAGCAUGCGCUAAAGAGUUCCUGAGUUGUGUGCAGUCGAAGAUUAUUGAUGGGGAGCCUGCAGCGAAGGACCUUUUGAACCAAGUUCGUGACGAAGUCGUAAAGGCCAGCAAAUUUGUAUCAACAGAGCAGACGCGGCAAAUCCUUGAAUGGCUCACGCCUUUGAAUUUCGACGAUAUCCAGAACGACCUACUUGGCCGCAGGCAAGAGGGAACAGGCCUUUGGCUUCUAAACUCAGAGGAAUUCACGCAGUGGAUGAGUCAACCAAAGCAAACUUUGUUUUGCCCUGGUAUCCCAGGAGCCGGGAAAACAAUCAUGUCCUCUAUCGUGGUUGAGCACCUGAAAGGCAAAUCACAGGAAAACCCCGAGAUUCAGACUUGCUGCAUAUUCUGUAGCUUUCAGCCGAAUCACCAGCAAAGAAUCCUUGAUCUUCUCCUUAGCUUUCUAAGACAACUCGCAGUCAAGGGCUCCGCUCUCUUACAAAACAUAGAAGACAUGCAUACCCGUCAUAUUCAACGCAAAACGCGCCCUACUUUCACCGAAGUUCAAUCCGAACUCGUCAGAACAGCGAACUGUUAUGAAAUGAUUUUCAUUGUGAUUGAUGCUCUCGAUGAGUAUUGUUCUUCGAACUCAGAGGAGCUACACAAAUUUCUCUCGACGCUAUUCAAUCUUCAAAAGGACGCCCCUAUCAAUAUUCUCGCGACUUCUCGGUUCAAUUCCGGAAUCAUGUCAAGAUUUGAAAGGUGCCCCCAAAAAGAGAUACGGGCACAAGAAGACGAUAUCCAGAUAUACUUAAACGGCAGAAUACCUAGUCUGCUUGAGAAGAAAAUUUCACUUUUCCCCAGUUGUCAAGAUGACGUGCGCCGAGAGGUGUUGAAGAGUGCAGACGGAAUGUUCCUCCUCGCCAAACUUCACAUGGAUAACUUAAUGGGUCAUAUCACUGUCGGGGAGCUUGAAGAAGCUCUGAUUAAUUUACCACAUGGUGAGACCAAGCUGGAGCUAACCUACCACGAGACCAUCAAGAGGAUCAAGUCUCAGCAUUACAGCCGCUAUCAGAAGGCCUUGCAGAUUCUGUCAUGGUUAACGUAUUGCAGAAGAGUUCUCUUUGCACAGGAGCUUCAGCAUGCCCUUGCCACUAGACCUGGGGAUAAGGACCUGGAUCGAAGAUUCCUGCCUGAACUCGAUAUUAUCGACUCACUCUGCGCAGGUUUAGUCGUCUUUGAUCAAAGAAGUGGCAUCAUUCGCUUAGCUCACUACACGACAAAGGAGUACCUCAUAGAUCAUCCGGAUCUCCAAAAUUCUGAGACAGAAAUCACACAGACAUGUAUUACUUAUUUAUCGUUUAGUUGUUUCUCAAGUGGGCGAUCAUCAAGCACAUAUGACUACACUUUUCGACAAAAAGAGUAUCCCCUUCAUCACUAUUCUGCCCAGAAUUGGGCUUUACAUGCAUCUCAGGCUCUGGCUAGCUCUCUAGAGCAAGCAGAAAAACUGACCGACUUUAUUCUUGAAUUUCUAGACAAAAAGUCAAAUAUGCAAGCGGCUGGGCAGGUGAUGCUUGAUCGUUUUCCACACCGGCUGACAAAGGUGCACCUGGCGGCCUACGGUGGGCUUUCCAUCAUGAUUUCAAAAUACAUCAGCUCAGACGAAGAUGUGGAUGCUCGGGAUUCCAAUGAUAUGACGCCAUUGGCAUACGCGGCACAGAACGGCCAUCUUCAAGCGAUAAAACUUCUACUUCGGUCAAAUCGUGUGCACCCUGAUGUCCGGAACAAUUGUGGCCAAACACCGUUGAUAUUAGCAGCUUGUGGUGGUCACAAAGAGGUCAUUGAAGUUCUGCUACGAUAUGGCGCAUGUCCGGACACCAAAGACAAACGUGGCUAUGACCCUCUAAGUGAAGCUGCUCGGACUGGCAGAGUUGAUAUCAUGAAAAUCUUGCUUGAUAAGGGUGUUCCAAUUGACUACAUUUGCGAAGCCCAAAUGUGCGGGCCCCUGAUCGAGCGCAAUACCCCUCUCAUGCUGUCUCGGCGCUCCAACAACAGACAGGCUAUGUGGCUUCUGCUAGACAAAGGUGCCGAUCUUGAUUUUCCAACUGGGACAGGAGACACACUUCUAACACAAGCGAUACGGGAUGGUGAUCAAGAGCUGGUAGAUUAUUUUCUGAAAAGAGGGUUUUUUGUUGAUUUCGUCGAUAGGUCAGGAUAUACUCCACUUCAUUACGCUGUGAGACGCGGACAUGGCACCAUAGUCAAGAGCUUUCUCAAUGCUGGGUGUGAUGUCGAUCUUCAAUUUUACCGGGAAACUUGUCUGAUGACUGCAAUCGAGCAUGGCCACGGGGAUAUUGCAGCCCAGUUACUUGAACAUGGAGCAAAUCUGAACCUGCAGAAUCAAAGACUCGAAACAGCUCUGUUCUACGCUGUGAGGGCAAGCAAUGCAGAUAUGGUUGAAACCUUAUUAGAGCAUGGCGCGAGUCCAAACGUGCGGAACUCGCAAGAGGAAACACCACUUUUUACCUCGGCCACAGCAGGUGACGAGGCAAUCUUGAGAUGCCUCCUUAGCAAAGGGGCAGACCCGCUAAUCCGAAAUAAUCACCAGCAGACUGCUCUAUUUUUGGCCGCAGAUUACGGGCAUACGUCGAUUGUCGGGUGCUUGAUUGACGUGGGCCUGGAUGUCAACGACCAAGAUGAUAGAGGAAAUACUGCAAUUUUUCACUCUGCUCGAAGUGGCAAGACAGAUACAAUGAAGAUAUUAUUGGAAAAUGGCGCUGACGUCCACCACCGUAAUGUACUUGGCGAAACAGCGCUCUUUUAUGCAGCCAGAAAUGGAAAAUUGGAAAUCUGUGAGAUUCUGAUACAAAAUCAUGCUGAGCUUGACGCAAGAAACCUUCUUAUGGAGACGCCAUUGGUACAUGCUGCAAGUGGUCCCUACAUUCGUCCACUUGAAUCGGGAGCUCUAGAUUAUAGCCAAGUAGUCAGACUUUUCAUUCAGAACGGGGCUGAUCCCAACCCUUCCUAUGACUUGGAGAGUGAUGUUCAACAUCCUGAGGCAUGGAAAGUUCUGCUUUCUCCCAGAAUUUCCUCUCUACGCAAGGAAUACUCUGAGUCUCGUUUACGUUUAUGUGAGGCAGCUCGCCAGAUAUGGGAUUCACGGAUCAAAAGCUACAGCGAUGAUCAGGUUCUGGACUUCCUUCACAGGGUUCUACCCCCGAAAUCUCCUUUUCACGGGGUAAAUCGCAGAAAAGAAAGCACAGCGCCGCUUCUGUUUGCCAUCCGGGGCGGCAACGCUGAGCUAGCCAAAAUCUUUCUUAGAUGCGGGCAACGCAUUGAUAGUUUGACCGAACCUGUGCAGGAAAUCCUACGUCGAGCAGUCGAUUCAGGCCAUCGCAGUAUUGUGGAGCUUGUGCUGAAAGAGGAGCCCGAUGAAGAUGUGGAUAUUCCGUCACUGGUAUUGCACGCAGCAGAAAAAAAAUACACUGGCCUGUUUAAUCCUCUCAUGACGGAGCAGGAGGUCAAUUUGAAAACCGCAAACAUGGAUCUUCCGUCACUGGUAUUGCACGCAGAGAGGAAACACACUGAUCUGUUUAAGUUCCUCAUGACGGAGCAGAAGGUCAAUCCGAAAACGGCAAAUGUGGAUAUUCCAUCACUGGUAUUGCGCGUAGCAGAAAUGGGAAACACUGGCAUGUUGAAGUAUCUCAUAAAGGAGCAGGAAGUUAAUUUGCAAACUGCAAGCGAAGUACUCCUCCUUGCGGCUCAUGGUGGAAAGACUGAAGUUGUGAGAUUCCUCUUGGAGAAUGGAGCAAAGCCAACAUUUGUGACUCGGAAUGCUCAAUCAGCGCUGCAUGGUGCUGUCUUGAAAAAUGCUACCGAAUUGGUGGAGCUUUUACUGCAACAAGAGAUAAAUAUCGACGCCCGAGACAAACACGGUCGAACCCCCUUGUUUUAUGCUGUACAACGGUGCCGAACGCCUAUAGUCCAGAUGUUGCUUGAGGCAGGUGCGGACUCAAACAUAUCUGAGGAUGACUUCACAGAACCAAUCUUGUACGACACCAACGACCAACGGCGUAUUUUCAGUGAUCUGAAUACACGCAAUUCCGAAAAUCUUUUUGGGGGUCUGACACCACUGUUUUUUGCCGCUGGUAACGGAAAUGAUGUUACUGUCAAACUGCUGUUGAGUCACGGUGCCAUCCCAGACGUGCAAGACAGAUUUGGAGAGAGGCCCAUUAAUUGGGCAGCAGCGCGAGGGUUCGAAGCGAUUGUGAAGAUGCUCCUCGACAGUGGAGCGAAUGCAAACCAACUGGAUCAUCCUAGCCAGUCGCCCCUUUUAUGGGCUUUAGGAGUAUACAACCAUGAUUUCUCGAAAAAGCUCUAUAGGGGCCGGAGCCCUCUGAGGGGGAAUCACUUUGCAUUCGGGGACGCAGAAGCAGUAUUAGAUCUGCUGCUAAAAAAUGGUGCAGAUCCCAAUGUUAUUGAUGAAGAUGGGCGGACACCACUUUAUUUGUCAGUAAAGCUUGGCUUGAACUCGAAGGCCUUGGUUCGCUCAUUUUUGCGUGCAGGCUGCGACCCCAACAGGAAAGAUAAAUAUGGACGAACCCCACUGAUGGGAGCAACUGUUCGGGGAAUGACCAAAUUCGUGACAGCACUCCUUGAAGCCCCAAAUCUUGACCGAGAUGCGACUGAUAAUUUCGGUCGCACGGCGCUGCUGGAAGCUACUGCGAGGAAUAAGCCGCUCAUUCGAGACAUCCUGCUCCAGCCAAGCGCAGAAACCCAAAUGGCGCAUCCUUCAACUUCGUUGGAUGAGCAGAUCAGCUAUCCUGGCCACCUUUGUGGUAUUUGCGGAGUGCACGAGUGGCGAGAUCUCGCCUACCAUUGCUCAAUAUGCGACGAGGGCCAUUUUGAUAUGUGUGAGGAGUGCAAGAAAUGGGGUGCGACAUGUUUAGAUGCCACACACGAGAUGACCAGAAGAUUUGAUAUAGUCGGGGGUCGAGCGUCUGACAUUGGAAUCUACAUUCUUUCUGAAGCGGAGCUCGCUGAGCUUGGAGGAGCCAGAAAGGCGCAGGAGAAACCCGACAGGAUGUCUGCCUAUAGGCAGGCUCCGAAAUUUUUUCAAUGA